ACAGCUUUUAAAAGUCAAUACAAUCGUCACACUUGUAUUUGCUUUCACUGACUGCUGUUCACUUCAAUUUUAAUUUAACACUGUCUUUCAUUAUAAGAUAUAACCUCCCGAUUUGUGAUCAAGGUCGAAUUUUGUUUAUGGAAUGUGUAUUUCUGGCAGUGCCUUGCACAACAGACGUCUAGGAUGGUGCGAUGGUGAAUCGUUACUACGACGUUUGAUUAGGACAUUGGCAGAUGUAUGCGGUUUAAAACAAGCGAAACGGGUUCGAAUUUGGUUAUUGGAUACCGACGCAAACUUUGCACUUAUCUACAAAGAAACAGAGGAAUACAAACUGGAAUAGAGCGAAAAGAGAUCGUCUUGUUUGUUGACCGAAUUUGUAAAACAAUUACAGAUCGGGCCAAGUCAUCUUAAAAAGCAACUUCAGAAAUUAUCUCAAUUCUGUGUUGAUGGUUCAAUUCUGAGUUUUUGACAAGCGUUUUAUUGGAAAAUAUGAGGUAAAGAACGUCAACAAAUUACUUAUCAAAAUGAACAACAGUACUAAAAAUAUAUCCCAGGCAGAAGAAAAGAUGGUGAAUAUCGAAUUAUGGUCGAUUCCCUAUUUUAUAGGCGGCUUUUUCACCAUCAUUUUAAACUUGAUGACUCUACUGACAUUUGCAGGAAAUGCCCAUUUACGUAGGCGCAGUAUGUAUUUUCUCAUCAGUCUUAGCGCAGCGGAUAUGUUAGUGGGUGUUACCAUGGCGGCAUACGCGCUGUCAAUCAUAUUUUCAAUGAGAACUAUUAUGGACGGUCCUUUGAUUGACAGCUUUCAAGUUCAUGCCGCCUUUGAUAUGUUCAGCGCGGUCGCGUCUUUCGGUGGACUGGUACUCGUGUCACUAGAACGCAUGCUCGCUACUGUUUUUCCGAUACGCCAUCGCGCGAUGGGAAAUCGCCCGUAUUACAUAACGAUAGUAAUUCAAUGGCUUAUCGCUGCAAAUUCCGCACCAUUUCAUCUUCUAAGCCCAUGGAACUAUUACUACACCGCAUCUGCGGGACUGCUGCUUGGUCUUAUCGCUAUCUGUGUUUCUUACUUCAUGAUAUUUUUUGCUGUGAAGAAUCAGAAUCGUAAACACCAGAAGGACAUUCUCUCGCGCGCUCAACAUCAAGAACGCGAGCUCGCUAAGACAAUCUUCAUCGUGACUGUGAUCUCCUUGCUUACGUAUCUCCCAGAUGCUAUAGAGACCGCUAUUUGGGGAGAGCUAUUUGACCUGAAUUAUAACAUCAUUAGUAGCCUUCUCAGGCAGAUGAAUUCCACCGUCAACCCCCUGGUGUAUAUUACAAGAAUGAGUGAGUUCAGACGAGCGCUUCAGAAACUUGUAAGGUGCAAGCGUCAACAUCUGGUAUUUACUGAUGAAAGAAAUAGAGUACCCAGGAACGUCCAUGGACACAGAAAUGUGGGUGACAGUCCAUUGGAAGACUUGGAACAGCAUAAAGGGAUCCAAUAACUCAUGGUGAAAAUAGAGUACCCAGGAACGCUCAUGGACACAGAAAUGUGGACGACAGUCCAUUUGGGAUACUUGGAACAGCAUAAAGGGAUCCAAUAACUCAUGGUGAAAACAAGAGUACCCAGGAACGCUCAUGGACACAGAAAUGUGGGUGACAGUCCAUUGGAAGACUCGGAACAGCAUAAAGGGAUCCAAUAACUCAUGGUGAAAAUAGAGUACCCAGGAACGCUCAUGGACACAGAAAUGUGGACGACAGUCCAUUGGAAGACUCGGAACAGCAUAAAGGGAUCCAAUAACUCAUGGUGAAAACAAGAGUACCCAGGAACGCUCAUGGACACAGAAAUGUGGGUGACAGUCCAUUGGAAGACUCGGAACAGCA